AUGGAUCCCUCGGCAAAGACCCAGAUAAGGCGCAAGUCCCCGGAUGCAACCGUGCGGCGCAAGUCCGAUACGAUCGGCGGUGCCCCAGGAGUCCAGAGGACCCUCUUCCUCUCCUCUCCUCUGCUGUCGCUGGCUUCCCCGUUGCCAGUCAAUGCGGAGAAACGUGGGGGUGACAUUGAAAGUCUGUGA